ACUUUUAACCGAUGCUUUUAACUCGCGUCCUGCUGGUUAAUGUUUCACCUACUUUAAAUAUUACGACUAACUUCUGGGUCGUGCUAAGUUUAGUUCAUGUAUAUAGGAGGUUUGUAUAUAUAAAAUAGUAAGGUAAUAACAAGUACGCAGUCUGUGUUUAGGAAUGUGAUCACAUGAUUAGUGUCAUAUGACUUUGAUGAGAGAGGGAAUGAGAGCGAGAGAAGAAAUCUGAAUUAGUUCCCAAUAUUACACUCUUUUGCUAAUGCUGUCGUCUACCGUGAUGAAUGCAGAUGGAUAAACAGAUGUGGGGACUCUUGAAGUAAAUCGCUGGAUCAUGGAGCGUUUGGGGGUUUUGCCUGUUCUCGUCACCGCUUGUGUUUUGGGAGUGGUGAUGAGUCAGACAACACUCAGUCCUGCUGUGACGAUCACCACAGUCAGUGCAAACGUGACCACUGCGUCUCCCAGCUGCUCCUCGCUCAACACCUCCUCCUGCACGGCCUGCGCCCCUGGCUCUUAUUACGAUAACGAAACUCUGCUGUGUUCUUGCUGUCCUGAUGUGGGCCUGUGUGUGUUACCCGGAGCCUGUCUUCUCUGUGUGCAGGGCUUCUAUCAGCCUCUCGCAGGACAGCAGGGUUGUCUGCCUUGCUCAUCUGGGUUUUACAGCAAUUCCACAGGAAGCCCCGUCUGCCAGGCAUGUCCUACUGGUUCCUACAGCAAUAACACCGGCUCCGUCUCCUGCAGGGCCUGCGCACCAGGUUUCUACACAUCUUUGCAAAAUUCAACAUUGUGUAACCCAUGUCCACAAGGCACGUACUGCAAUUCCUCCAGUUGUACCCAAUGCCGGAUCUGUCCUGCAGGCUCAGAGGCUCUACAGAUCGCUGCCAAAGACUGUACGCCCUGUCGUCCAGGAAUGCACAAGGCUUCCCAUCAAAUCAUGUGUCAGAUUUGCAGCAGUGGUUUCUAUCAGGUCCGCCGGGGCCAGGAGAACUGUGACCUGUGUCCUGAAAACCAUUACUGCCCUAGUCCCGAUGUAAAUCCGAUCGAAUGUCCCACUGAUGCGUUCUGUCCCGAGGGCAGCACGGCCCCUGGUUACUGCAUGGAGACCUUCUUCAGAAAGGUUGGGGAGACGUGUGAACUUGCUCCUGUUACCAUUGCACUGCUUGUUAUUGGAGGAGGAGUGGGUCUUCUCUUUAUCAUCGUUUUGGUUCUGCGGAGGAGAAGAGAUAAUGACAGUGAGCUGUCCCUCGCCCGUACGCCCCUCUUGCGAAAAGACAGACAACCUGGUCGCUUCUGCGGGAUCCCUUGUGAUGCGGAGCCUGUUUAUGCAGGCUGGUGACAUCAGCUCGUACAUUUACAGCUGCGCAUAUUUUGUCUGAAUAUUUCUAUUAGAACUUUUAUUGAACUGUUCUAAGCUUAAAAAUGGUAAGAUACUAUUAAAUAUUUAUGAAUGGAGACGCACUUUUCUGAAUUCCAUUUUUAAACCCGUUUACUACUGACUAUGUUAUGAAGGUACAUCUUUAAAGAUUUGAUUCUGACUGCUUUUCGAGUCUGAAGAGUAAACCAUGCAGUAUUUUUUGGGGGGUGUUUUCUUUUGUUUAAUUUUGCACCAGAUAUUAAGUUAAGCCAUGGCACUGAAAGAAUUUUGGACUAUGUUGUUGGAUUAAGCUUAUUUUGUUCACAUGUGUUUUUUUUGUUUUGUUGGUACCACUACAUUUGACUACCUGGGGUCCUCGAGGUACAUUUAUAUUUCAUGUAUUUGACAUGUGAUGUUAGAUAUUACUUUUUAAAAACAAAAUUUCGGCAAUUUCCAAUGUUGUAUUCUGGAAUAAACAGCUUUGCACAA